GCUCCUUCUGCUCCAGAUGCAGUCGCUCUCCCCUCCGAGGAGGCUCUGCCGCCGCCGGCUUGCACCGCCUGGGGCCCCGGACCCGCCGGCCGUGCCACCCCCCUCGGCCCCCUCCCGGGGACCCGACUGCACCGAGGGCUGGGUGCGAGCCUUCGGCUGCUUGGGACGGAUUUGGGCAGGUGUGCUGGUCCUGGAGCCUCCGCACUUUGCAAAUGAAGCCGCUCGCGGGGACCUCGCCGGGCGCGGGGGAAGAGGCGCAGGGACGUGCCCAGGGGCGUGCGGCGCGGCAGCGGCACAGGAGGGGCUGCCGGCAGAGCCCCCCGGCUCGCAGGGAGCAGCAGGCAGAGCCGGCCGGGCUCCCCGCGUCUCCGGAUGAAGGGAGGAUGAGCAGUCCCCAGGGGCACCCGGACGGGGUCGUGGCCGGGAGCGAGCAGAGCGUGGAGCGUGUCAGCGAGGAGCCGGGCAAGGACAGGCAGGAGCUAGCUGUGCGCACCGGGGACAGUGACGGGACCGAGGAAGAUGCAGAAACCCUGGAGGAGCCGCUGCUGAGCUUCCCCGGUGAGCUCUCGGUGCUGGAGAGACUGGGCCUGCAGAGCGUGGCUCUGACGGAGCAGGACGUGGAGGCAGCCUUUGCCCACCUUGCCCUGGCUUUUCGCUGCGACGUCUUCACCCUGCGGCAACGGGUGCAGGUGGAGAAGCGGGCACGGGAUGCGGCGGAGGAAAAUAUCCAGGAGGAGCUGGGGCAGUGCCGGGCUGCCCUGGAGAGGCUGGGCGCAUCCUGCGCGGACGCGGGCUGCAAGGAGACGCUGGAGCAGCUGCAGCACAGCCUGGCCGUGCUGGCGGCCGCCGUGGAGCGGGCAACGAGCGCUGCGGAGAAGCUGGGGGCCGUUCAUCAGGAGGCCCGGAUGAGCCGAGCGGCGGAGGUGAUGGUCCAGCACGUGGAGAACCUGAAGCGGCACCACCUGCGGGAGCACGCCGAGCUGGAGGAGAUGAAGCGCCUGAUCCAGCAAAACUCCCGCAACCGGCAGCUGGCCGAGACCCAGGAUGACGCGGAGCCACGGCUGAGGCCUCACCCCCUGAUGCGAUCCUUCCAGCAGGCGUCUGCCCGCCGCAGAGUCAGCAUCGCCGUCAUCCCCAAGCAGCUCUUGCCAGGUGCCAGCAUGGACGGCCGAGCGUCCCCCGCCAGCGAGCCGCAGGGGCCCCAGCACCCGGCCAGCACCCAGAGGAGCGAGCUGGAGCCACUGGGCCAGGGCAGCGCCGUGAGCGGGGAGCCAGCGGCUGGGGCAGAUGGCAAGGACACGAGCGCAGGGGGCGAGGAGCCAGAGCAGCUCGGGCUGAUGUCCAAGGGGUCCCCGGCAGAGCUGUGGCGGCCGUGGCUCUUCCUCCCGCAGCACUACUGGGUUUUGUUCUGGCUGCUCCUCCUGAGCGUCGCCUUCCUCCUCCUCCUCCGCGUCCUGGAGCUGCAGCGGCUGCAGCCCGCGCCAUCACCCAAGGCCUAGCUGCAGCGGGGGGGAGGCGGCUGGGGGGCACCCGCUCUCCAUCACUGCUCCUGCCCCCCGCCACGAAACACAGAGACCCUAGAAAAAUAAAAUCAGAGGAAGAA